AUGGAUGCAUUAAAGAAACCUAGCGGACCAAACUCAAGCCCUCUAACUCCUCUUGGAUUCCUGGAGAGGGCCGCCACCGUGUACGCUCAAUCUCCGGCGAUCGUCUACAACAAUCUCACUUAUACAUGGCCACAACUCUUUCGUCGCUGUCUAAGACUAGCUUCAUCCCUCUCCCAUCUCCAAAUCGGAAGAGGCGACGUCGUCUCUGUUCUUGCACCCAAUAUUCCGGCAACUUAUGAGCUUCAUUUUGCCGUCACCAUGACCGGCGCUAUACUCAACACCAUUAAUACCCGUUUGGAUGCUCGUAAUAUCUCAAUACUCCUCCAACACAGUGAAUCCAAGCUUGUGUUUGUUGACUACCAACUAACUGGUCUUAUCCGAGAAGCCGUCUCUCUGCUGCCGGACGGUUGUUCUCACCCACUACAAGUCCUGAUCACCGACGAUCAACCUCCAACUUCGUUUACUGAUAAUUUCAUCAACACUUAUGAAGGUAUGGUUGAAACUGGUGAUCCUGGCUUCAAAUGGAUUCGCCCGGAAAGCGAUUGGGAUCCGUUAACAUUGAAUUACACGUCCGGUACGACUUCGGCGCCAAAAGGCGUCGUCCACAGCCACCGUGGGACGUUUAUUGUAGCCCUUGAUACUCUCCUGGGGUGGGGGGUACCGAAACAACCAGUCUGCUUGUGGACCCUUCCAAUGUUCCACGCAAACGGGUGGAGCUUGGUCUGGGGUAUGGCGGCCGUUGGUGGCACAAAUGUUUGUCUCCGGAAAUUCGACGCGUCCACCAUAUACACCGCCAUCCGCAACCACCAUGUAACCCACAUGUGUGGCGCUCCGGUUGUGCUCAACAUGUUAUCGUCGGAAGGUGAACCACUCAGCCAUACAGUGCACAUAAUGACCGCCGGAGCGCCGCCUCCUGCCGCUGUGUUGUUACGAACCGAGUCUCUGGGGUUUGAUGUGACCCACGGAUACGGGUUGACGGAAACCGGUGGGCUAGUGGUGUCUUGUUCGUGGCAGAGACAAUGGAAUGGGUUGUCGCCAACGGAGAGAGCUCGACUGAAAGCGAGACAAGGAGUUAGAACCAUGGGGAUGACGGCGGUGGAUGUCGUUGAUCCCGAGUCGGGAGUGAGUGUUCCCCGGGACGGGUUGACUCAGGGAGAGAUAGUCUUGAACGGUGGAAGUAUAAUGCUGGGUUACUUAAAGGAUCCGGAAUCCACUUCCAAAUGUAUGAAAAAUGGGUGGUUUUACACCGGCGACGUGGGCGUGAUGCACCCAGAUGGGUAUUUGGAAAUCAAAGACAGAUCAAAAGACGUAAUCAUAAGUGGUGGAGAGAAUCUGAGCAGUGUGGAGGUGGAAUCAGUGUUGUACUUGCAUCCGGCGGUGAAAGAGGCGGCGGUGGUGGGACGUCCGGAUGAGUUCUGGGGGGAGACGCCGUGUGCUUUCGUGAGUGUGAAGGAGAAGACGGUGGCGACGGCGGAGGAGAUAAUGGAGUUUUGUAAAGGUAAGCUACCGCGGUUCAUGGUUCCGAAAACGGUGGUGUUUAAAGAGGAGCUUCCGAAGACAUCUACUGGGAAAAUUCAGAAGAACGUCCUUCGACAAAUUGCUAAAACCAUGGGAUUUCCCGUCAAAAGUCGAAUAUGA